AUGGCACCACAUGUCACUCCAGAGGAGUUCAUCAAAGACCUCACAGAACUAUUCAGACUGGCGUCUGACUCCGGGACGGUGUUCCUCACACAAAAGCGAUACGACUAUAAUGAAAAUGCAGACAGUAAUAUGAACAACACAGCAGACAGCCAGUACGACGUUCUCUUGAGAGCUUCGGCUCAAGUGGGCGACAAGCAGCACAAAACAGCAACACGCAUAGCCUCGACACAACUAGACAGCUUCAUUGGACAGUAUAACAGUCUACUCCACCAGUCGCUCCAAGCAAAGAUGAGAAAGAGGGAUAGAAAGAGAGAAAAGCGUAAGGCUGACAUCGCAGCCAUCAGAAAACGUAAAUUAGAGACACCAACAGACAUACCAAAGACAAAGAGGGGGGCUGGAAGACGCAAGUUCCAACGUAAAGUCAAAGCCGAGCAGAAGAGAGUUCAAACACUGAAUAAGACCUUGUAG